AGUUAAUCAAGGCGUCUAGGGUUUGCUCUCAUCUUCUCAUUUCGUCGUUGCUGUUCAGCUUCGUUGCUUCGCAGGAGGUGUAGAGAUUGCACGCGUCGCUUCUUGGGCUCACUCCUUCGACGACGUUCCCUUCCUGUUGGAUCGGAAGUUACGACAUUUGAUCGGAAGCAACAACGGGAGCUCGCUGGCUGUGAAGGUAAUCCGUGUUGUGAUGGCCGACGCUGACUGGGAAGUCUGCGAAGACAACGGCUUCGUCUACAAGCGGCGGCGGCGCCACCUCUCCUCACUGGUGGGGCGUCUUCCUGCCGACUCCGCAGAAGAACUCCGGAGAAGUCACCGCGCGCGGAAGAAGCGGUGCCUCAUUACCAUCCGCGACAGGUAUCAGCGAGAACUAGAGCAGUGGGAGGACCUUUCUGCCUCCCUCUUUCGCUUGGCUUCUCCUACUCCCGAAACCACCUCCGAAGCUCGCACAUCAUCCUUGGCUUCCCCUCGCUCCUUCCAUCUGUCUCCGCCGGCGAUCGACGGCCUUAUCCUCGAGCUGGAGACUCAAGAAACAAUUUUUAGAAAGAUAUCGGACUUGUGCAAUAUUGUGGAUUUAUUUUGCGAAACUCAGGAGGAUCGGUUGACACAGUCAUUGUUGGAUUUGCCCAUCUGGGGGAGCCCUAGAGCUCUCAUGCGAUCUUUGUGUGAUUGAGAUUAGAGAAGCUGAAAAAUGGCACUGCGAUCAUCAAUAUGUAUGGUUUCUAUUUUCAUUGUAGAGAAAAAUAGAAAAAUGCAAUAUUUAGUCUUCUCCAGCUUUUGUUUGAGUACUUUGUUUUGUAUUUUUUUUAACAUGGUUUUGUUGUUGGUCAUUUUAAGCUGUUAAGUUGUAUAGUACGAUAGUUUCUAAAUAUCCUAGAGUCUUGACAGACUAGGACGUGUAGAACUGUAAUGCAACCUCUUGAGUUUUAUUAGUGGAUGAAUGCAUAUUUGAUCUUACAAAACUUCAA